CUUUGAACUCCUGAAAGUUCUUGGAACAGGAGCUUAUGGAAAAGUGUUCCUAGUAAGGAAAGUAAGCGGCCAUGAUGCUGGAAAGCUGUACGCCAUGAAAGUGCUGAAGAAAGCAACAAUUGUUCAAAAAGCCAAAACAACUGAGCACACAAGGACGGAACGACAAGUGUUGGAACACAUUAGGCAAUCACCGUUUUUGGUCACAUUACAUUAUGCCUUCCAGACAGAUACAAAGCUUCAUCUCAUUUUAGACUAUAUAAAUGGAGGAGAACUGUUUACUCACCUUUCACACAGAGAGAAAUUCUCAGAAAAUGAGGUGCAGAUUUACAUUGGGGAAAUAGUUUUGGCACUUGAACAUCUCCACAAGUUGGGGAUUAUAUAUCGGGAUAUAAAACUUGAGAAUAUUCUCCUCGAUUCUGAUGGUCAUGUGGUGCUGACAGACUUUGGUCUGAGUAAGGAGUUUCUUACUGAUGAGAAUGAGAGAGCAUAUUCUUUCUGUGGAACGAUAGAAUACAUGGCUCCAGAUAUUGUAAAAGGAGGAGAUACAGGACAUGAUAAGGCUGUUGAUUGGUGGAGUGUUGGUGUUCUUAUGUAUGAAUUAUUAACUGGAGCAUCACCAUUUACAGUUGAUGGAGAGAAGAAUUCCCAAGCGGAGAUUUCAAGGAGAAUACUAAAAAGUGAGCCACCUUAUCCACCAGAAAUGAGUGUGCUGUCCAAGGAUAUAAUUCAGCGUCUUUUGAUGAAAGACCCCAAGAAGAGGCUAGGCUGUGGUCCCACUGACGCUGAUGAAAUCAAACAGCAUCCCUUUUUCCAGAAUAUGAAUUGGGAUGAUUUAGCUGCCAAAAAAGUACCAGCUCCAUUUAAACCAGUAAUCAGAGAUGAGUUGGAUGUGAGUAAUUUUGCAGAAGAGUUUACAGAAAUGGAUCCAACUUAUUCUCCUGCAGCAACUCCUCAGACAUCAGAAAGAAUAUUUCAGGGAUAUUCUUUCGUUGCACCUUCCAUUUUGUUUAAACGCAAUGCAGCUACAGUAGAUCCUCUUCAGUUUUAUAUGGGGGAUGAGCGGCCUGGAACUACAACUAUUGCCAGAAGUGCUAUGAUGAAGGACUCUCCAUUUUAUCAUCAUUAUGAACUGGAUCUGAAAGAGAAACCAUUGGGAGAAGGAAGUUUUUCCAUUUGUCGAAAGUGCUUACACAAGAAAACUAGCCAAGAGUAUGCAGUAAAAAUAAUUAGCAAAAGAAUGGAAGCCAACACCCAGAGAGAAAUAACAGCUCUGAAACUCUGCGAAGGACACCCGAAUGUAGUGAAGUUACAUGAAGUUUAUCAUGACCAGCUUCACACAUUUCUAGUAAUGGAGCUGCUGAAAGGAGGAGAAUUGCUUGAACGUAUUCAGAAAAAGAAACAUUUCAGUGAGACUGAAGCCAGUCAUAUUAUGCGCAGACUUGUUUCAGCAGUGAGCCAUAUGCAUGAUGUUGGAGUUGUCCACAGAGAUCUGAAACCUGAGAAUUUAUUGUUUACAGAUGAAACUGAUAAUUCUGAAAUAAAAAUAAUUGAUUUUGGUUUUGCUCGUCUGAAACCACCUGACAACCAGCCUCUUAAGACUCCCUGUUUUACUCUUCAUUAUGCUGCACCAGAGCUCUUGAAUCACAAUGGUUAUGAUGAAUCAUGUGAUCUGUGGAGUUUGGGGGUCAUUUUGUAUACAAUGCUAUCAGGACAGGUACCAUUUCAGUCUCAUGACAAAAGUUUAACAUGUACCAGUGCAUUGGAAAUUAUGAAGAAAAUAAAAAAGGGAGAAUUUUCUUUUGAAGGAGAAGCUUGGAAAAAUGUUUCUGAAGAGGCUAAAGAGUUAAUUCAAGGACUUCUAACAGUGGACCCAAACAAAAGAAUUAAAAUGUCCAGCCUGAGAUACAAUGAAUGGCUUCAGGAUGGCAGCCAGCUCUCAUCCAACCCUCUAAUGACUCCUGACAACUUAGGCUCCUCAGGAGCUGCAGUGCAUACGUAUGUCAAAGCCACUUUUCAUGCCUUUAACAAAUACAAAAGGGAAGGAUUUUGUCUCCAGAACGUUGACAAGGCACCUCUUGCAAAGAGAAGGAAAAUGAAAAAAACAAGUACGAGCACGGAGACACGGAGCAGCUCCAGUGAGAGUUCACAUUCUUCUUCCUCUCAUUCUCACGGUAAAACUACACCCACAAAGACACUGCAGCCAACAAACCCUGCAGACAGCAAUAACCCCGAAACCAUCUUCCAGUUCUCUGACUGA